AUGAAACAGACCUCAAAUAAUAACGUUAAUAUUAAUAUUGAAUUUCCAACAUACACAGGUAAUGGCGAUGUUUUUCUAAGUCGUUUCGAAGACAUAUUCAACGAUGCUCAGAUCUCUGAUAUCGAAAAAGCAGGAUCCUUCACAAGAAGACUACCAGACGAAGAAUACAUCAAGCUCAAAUCGAUAUGUUCACCUACCGAUUUUAUCAAUCCAUCGAUAUUGAUUGAAAAAUUUAGGUUAUUACACCCGAGGAAAUCUACAAGUUCGAAAUUGUUAUUAUUCAAUGCAGCUGUACAAGGUAAAAAUGAAAGUUACAUCAAUUGGGUAAGUAGAUUAUGUAUUUUACAAAAUGAAUGUUCGUUAAGCGAUAGUAGAGUCAUUGAAAAGGUAAAAAUUUUAUCAAAUAGCAGAAGUAUCAGGCAGAAAAUUACGUUGAAAGAGAAUAUUACGUUAGCAGAAGUCUUUAGUUUAAGAGAUGAUUUUGAGGACACAGAAUUAAAAGAAAAUAUAAUAGCUAAAGUUGAAAACAUUUCUUUAAGUGAAAAGACUGAAGAAGAAACAAGCGUAAAACAUUUGGAAAGACAAAGAGGCAUGAAAGUUGAAGAAAACAAACAGGUGGUCAGAUACGACGAUAGACAUAAUCCACGAUCGAAUAACGAUAACAGACACCUAUGGACUACGAGAAACAACAACUUUCAAAGAAAUAAUUAUCAGGGAAAUAAUUACAACCCUAGACAUCAGAACUAUAAUGCGGGUAACUACAAUAACGUUAGGGCAAAUUACCCAGGAUUAUACAAUAAUUUUUCAAGAUUUGAAAAUAGAACCAGUUAUAAUAACGAUAAUAACCAAAGAUUUUAUUAUGAUUACAAUCACGGAUUCAACAGACGCUAUGAUACUUCAAGAUGCACGCAAAGGCAUAGUAAUAAUUAUAAUGGAAAUCGAGGAGGAAGUUACGCAUGUAAUUGUAGACAUCAUGUCGACCAUAAUAAUCAAACACGAUACACUAAUAAAAUAAAUACCAUAAACAUAGAAGAAAUAAAAGAGGAUGAUAAUAAUAAAAUAGAAAAAAAAGAAUAUAAUUUGUAUAACUUGGACAUAAAUAAUAUUUUAAGUUUGUAA